AAUAAAGCUAAGUUAAAAAAAUUAAAAAUAUUUUAUAUUCCUACUAUUAAAAAUAACGAAAUUUAAAAUUGCAAUAAUUUACAUGUUUACAGUAUUCUAUCAAAAAUAUGAUAGUUGGUUUGAAUGUUAUGUUUACAUUGAAAUCUCGAAUACUAUAAAAACUUUACUAAUUAAUAAAAAAUUCUUGUUUACAAAAAAUAAAGCAGUUAUAACCAUCAUUAUAACUGAUGAUUUAACCUUGUACCAACAAAUUGUAAUUCAAUAAGAGUUGCGCCACCAAUCUAACAAACAAUAAACAGAUUCGAGCCAAGAAACCGAUUGGUCGAAUUCUUUUUCGCGAUUCCAAAUCUAGUUAACUGUUGGCAAAAAUUCUCUGAUUGAUCCUCCGAUUUCUGUAAACAUGCCAACUUCUAAAUUUAUCGUAGUUACCAGACAAUCUUGUUGUCAACUAAAAUCAACAAAACAAAACUGGAUGAAGUCAGAAACAAAUUUAUAUAUUCGAUAUUCAUAAUUCUUGUUGAUGAAUAAAUGAAGUUAUAUUCAAUUCAUAUAUUUCUAAUUUAUCUGAAAUUAGAAACACGAUAUAGAAAACUAUAUUGAUUACAGAGAUGCCACAAAUUAGAAAAGGCGACAAAUUACCUAAUAUAAUUUUGUACGAAGCCGUACCGGAAAAUGAAAUCAAUAUUUUAGAUCUAGUGUCUAAUAAGAAAGCUAUUAUUUUUGGAAUUCCUGGAGCAUAUGUUCCCGGAUGUUCUAGAGUCCAUUUGAAGGGAUUUAUUGAAAAAUCAACAGACCUGAAAUGCAUGGGCUUUCAAGAAAUAAUCUGCGUGUCCGUGAAUGAUCCGUUUGUGAUGUCUGCUUGGGGAGAUGCCAAAGGAGCAACUGAUAAAGUGAGAAUGUUAGCAGAUCCUAUGGGAUCUUACACCACAGCUAUUGGAAUGGAUGUAGACAUUCCAGAAUUGGGAGGAAGAAGAAGUAGAAGAUACUCAAUGGCUACCGUAAAUGGUAUUGUAAAGGAAUUAUUUAUAGAUGCACCUAACGUAAAGUUUAUAUGUUUACAGACAGAAGAUUUACCUACAUAUUGUACUUGAUUAUUUUAUUAAAAUAAAUAUGUUUAAUUUUUAGAUUGAUGAAAAAUUUUAAAUGAUCCAUUUAAGUAUAAGAUCCAUAAGUAUUAUACAUCACCAUAAUGAAAUUACACAUGCAUUCAAGGUUAAUAUAAAUGAACAAAUGGCAAUUAUAAGAAUUGUCAUUGGUUACUAAAAUAGACUUUGAACGAGCGUAGCGCAUAUUGUGUGGGCGGUAUGCGUGUACUUCAAUGAAGCACGCAAAUGGUUUCCCACGUGGGGUACUCGUACACGUCGUUGUAAAUGCAACGUGAUUCUAUCGUAAACACGUUUCAUUUAUUUUUAUCCCACAACAUUACAAAUCAAUAAGAUUACGAACGAUGAGUAUUCGUUACUUCCGUAAAUUAUUAUAGAUUUAUCUUAUCGUAGUAGUAUACAUGUAUAUCAUGUUGAUUUAUAAAAAAAUAAAAUUCUUGCUACGCAAUAAUUCAUCCUCACCUUUAUUUCAGUUAUAUAUUUAACAUAGAUAUAUAAAUAAAAUGUACAUUUGCAGUGAAAUUUAUUUUUAUUUAUUGAAUAUUUUCUAUUAAUUAAUAUUUAUGUAUUUCAAACAAUUAAUUAUUUCAGAAAAUAUUAAUUUUUAAAUAAUUUUAAAUUGAUGACCUGAUUUAUGAAUUCCUGAGUUUAUCAUUCUUUCGAGCGGAUUUAAUAAACGGAUUCUUAAGUUCAACAGGAACCUGGUGGAGGUAUUGACUGUUUCUGUUUGACCUACCUCACUGUGGAAACACUAGAACCGCAGUAUAUCGAUUCCAAGCAAAGGAUUCCACGAUGACACACUUUAAAUCUGCCUCUUAGAUUUAAAGAUAAAAAUAUUAAUAUUAAUUUUUCAGAAUAUCAUUAUAAUAAUAGAAAUAAUAGAUUGAUAUAUAUUAAUUCUGUAAUAUUUUUAAAUUCAA